CUCGGCGGGGCAGGACGGACGGAGUCUGCACUGAGCGGUUUCUUAUUCUUCUCACAGCAUCUGACAGUAUGUCAAUGUACUCUGCAGUCUUCACAAAAUGAGGAAAGAAGCCAAGCCGAAAGAGCCAAACAAGAGGAAACAAAGACAGGAAGAGCUCUGCAGGUGGCCACGUUAUUUCCAAACAUCUGACUUCCACAUCCUGCAGACGUAAAGCAACAUUAUCAUCAUUCCUGUUUCUGCCUGAUAAAUAGCUGCUGAAGUCAAGAAGAUGAGGAAAUCUGAGAGUAGAACAACGUCUUCAAUAAUCAGUUCUAUGUCUGCUAAGAGUGAUCGCUCCAGAGAAUAUCCUCCAGACUUAAGCAGUGAACACAGAGCUUCAGGAACAAGCAGCCAGAUGGCAUCGAGCUUUCAGCAGAGCCCAGACACACUGGAGGUAUUUGAAUCCGAAGCUGUGGCCUUUCUAAAGCAAGCUGUGAAACAACAUAAGAAGGUCCUUUUUACAAAACACAAAGGACUGUUUAAGGAAGACGAGCAGGAGGACAAACUCCCUGAUCCACUGGUUGAGUUUGAUGAUGAAACAAGUGAGGCUGCUCUGAAGAUUGCCCUCCAUGUUUUGAGGAAGAUGAAUGAGGAUGAACAUGCUCACACACUUGAGAAAAGUCAUUAUGGAGAACUAGGAAUGUACCAACAGAAACUAAAAUCUUCUGUGAAGACAAAAAAUGAGAACUUGUUGGAAGAGAUAAGUGCAGAGCAAUGGCCUGUGCCUUUCAGAAAGAUUUACACAAAGAUCUACCUGAGAGAGGAGGGCAGUGGAGGGAUCAACAAUGAACAUGAAGUGAGACAAAUUGAGACCGCGUUCAACAGACGGAAAUCUUCGGAAAUUCUGAUCAAGUGCGAGGAGAUCUUCAAGCCUUUACCCAAACAAGAAACACCAAUCAGAACGGUGCUCACCAUGGGGAUAGCAGGCAUCGGCAAAACAGUGCUGACUCAGAAGUUCAUGCUGGACUGGUCAGAGGGGAAGGCCAAUCAAGACAUCCAGCUCCUGUUUUCAGUUCCUUUUAGGGAGCUGAAUUUGUCAAAAAAUGAGAAACAAAGCUUGAUGGAGCUCCUGUGUAACCUCUCUCCAAACCUGAAAGAAUCUGGAGUCAAAGACCUGAAAAUUUACAAAGUUCUGUUCAUAUUGGAUGGUCUCGAUGAGUGCAGACUCCCUCUGGAUUUUGAGGGAAAUGAGAGAUGUUGUGAUGCUACACAAGCAGCCUCAGUAGAUGUCCUGCUGACAAACCUAAUUGCAGGUAACCUGCUACCAGAAGCCAGUCUGUGGAUAACUACCCGACCUGCUGCCGCCAGCUGCAUCCCUCCACAGUAUGUUAACCGGGUGACUGAGAUACGAGGCUUCAACAACCUACAGAAGGAGCAGUACUUCCACAAGAAAAUUGAAGAUGAAAACUUGGCUAAAAGAGUAAUUGCAAACAUAAGGUCAGCAAGAAGUCUCUACAUCAUGUGCCACGUGCCGGUGUUUUGCUGGAUUUCUUCUAUUGUCCUGGGAAACAUGUGUGCCAAAGCAAGUGGAGGAAAAAUGCCAAAGACUUUGACUCAGAUGUACAUCCACUUUCUGGCUCAUCAGACCACAAAGAAGCAUGUCAAGUACGGCGAGGAGCAAGAACUGGACUCCCAGGGGAAUAACAAGGUGAUCAUGUCCCUUGGGAAGUUGGCCUUCCAGCAGCUGGAGAAAGGCAACCUGAUCUUCUAUGAGGAGGAUCUCAGAGACUGUGGAAUUGAUGUCAAAGAAGCAUCUGUGUACUCAGGAGUGUUCACUCAAGUCUUCAGGGAAGAGUUCUGCAUGCAGCAAAAAGUCUUCUGCUUUGUACAUCUGUCAGUUCAAGAGUUUCUAGCAGCUUUGUAUGUCCAUGUGAUGUAUAAGGUGUCUGGUGUAAACCUGAUGAUCAGCUCUGAACAAAUGACCCAAAAAAAGCCUGUAUCUGAACUGCACAAAGCUGCAGUGGACAGAGCUUUACAAAGCAACAACGGCCACCUCGAUCUCUUCCUGCGUUUCCUCCUCGGACUCUCUCUGGAUUCCAGUCAGGCUCUGCUCAGAGACGUGAAGAUACAGGUAGAAACCUGCGACUCCCAAAGUCAUGAGGAAACCAUCAAGUACAUCAAGGAGAGAAUCAGUCAGACUCAUCAUCCAGAGAAGUACAUCAAUCUCUUCCACUGUCUGAAUGAGCUGAACGACCACUCUCUGGUGGAGGAGAUCCAGAGCUACAUGGAGUCAGACCGAGACUCAGUGAUGGACGAGUGCUCUGCAGCUCAGUGGGCAGCUCUGGUCUUUGUGUUGCUGACCUCACCAGAGAAGCCAGAGGAGAUCCAGCUCAAGAAAUACUCCAGAACAGAGGAAGGCCUUCAGAAGCUCCUACCAGCCAUCAAAGCAUCCGAAUCAGCAAUGUUGAAUGAUUGUAAUCUCACUGCAGACUGCUGUAAGGAGCUGUCCUCCACUCUCAGCUCAAACUCUAAUGAGCUGAAUCAUUUAAACCUUAGUGACAACAACUUACAAGACUCAGGAAUUGAACUUCUCUGCACCGGACUGAAGAGCCGACACUGCAGACUGAAGACGCUGAGGUUGAACCGAUGCAGUCUCACCCAGAGAUGCUGUGAGGACCUGGCUUCAGUCCUGAGUACUUCAUCACCUCUCAGAGAGCUCGACCUGAGUGACAACGACAUCAGAGACUCAGGAGUUCAGCUGCUCUGCACCGGACUGGGAAAUGUGGACUGUAAACUGGAAACCAUCAGGUUGUCGUUCUGUAACAUCACAGAGAAAGGUUGUGGUUUCUUGGCCUCAGCUGUGAAGUCCAACCCAUCCCACCUGGGAGAGCUUGACCUGAGCUACAAUCACCUUGGACAGGACGGAGUGAAGCUCAUCUAUGAAGCUCUGGAGGAAGGACGAUGUGAAUUUACUAAACUCAGAGUCGACCACAAUGCAGUACACUGGUUUAAACCAGGACUGAAACAAUAUGCAUGUGAGCUCACAAUGGAUACAAACACAGCCCACAAACUCCUCAUCCUCUCUGAAGGGUACCGAAAAGUUAGCCAGGGCCAAGAGGAGCAGCCGUACCCCGACCACCCGGACAGGUUCGACUACUGGACCCAAGUCCUGUUCCAACAGGGCCUGAAGGGCCGGCACUACUGGGAGGUGGAGUGGGAGGGAAACUGGGCUGGGAUUGGAGUGACCUACAAGGACAUCCAUCGCAAAGGCCCAGGCAAUGACUGUGUGAUGGGAUACAAUGGGAUAUCUUGGAGUCUGCACUGCUCUGCUCCUGGCUACCGAGCGCAUCAUAACUUCAAGACCAUCGUCCUUCAUGUCCCUCUGGCUGGUUCUCGCAGACUGGCAGUGUAUCUGGACUGGGAGGCUGGCAUCCUGUCCUUCUACAGAGUGUCUACUGGAGGAUCGCUGACACACCUGCACACCUUCUACAACAAAUUCACCAAACCACUCUACCCAGUUUUCAGAGUUUGGUGUGAGGGCUCCUCGGUGAGGCUUGUUAAGUGAAACAGCUUAAACAGAAGAAAAGACUUGAUUAGUCAUUGUUCAUACUAACAUUGAAAUAAUCACAAUGAUCACUUUUAGGUGUGCCUGCUGUUCGGGGCAUGUCCCAGGACUCUGUUUUUGGCCAUUCAUACAUUCAUUCAUACUAUUCACAUAUAUUUUACAUAUUCACAUUCUGUGCAGACAUACAAGGUUCCCAGACAAUGUAUCCCUCUGACUUUGGUGAUCUCUUGACUUUUCCUCCUCUUUUUUGUUUUGU